GCCAAUGCAGAGUCCUGCAAGGAGGUCACGUGCCGCUGUUUGGCGCUUUUGUGCGCGCCGGGGUGUGUUGGUGCUCAGAGUGUGGCCAGGCGGCUCGGACCGAGCAGGGUUUUCCUUACCAGUGGAUUGCAUAGAAUAUACUGCCAGUCUCUUCUGUUCACCAUGGCUUCUUCUGAUAUCCAGGUGAAAGAACUGGAGAAGCGUGCCUCAGGUCAGGCCUUUGAGCUGAUACUCAGCCCUCGUUCAAAAGAAUCUGUCCCAGAAUUCCCCCUUUCCCCUCCAAAGAAGAAGGAUCUUUCCCUGGAGGAAAUUCAGAAGAAAUUAGAAGCUGCAGAAGAAAGACGCAAGUCUCAUGAAGCUGAGGUCUUGAAGCAGCUUGCUGAAAAACGAGAGCAUGAGAAAGAAGUGCUUCAGAAAGCAAUAGAAGAGAACAACAACUUCAGUAAAAUGGCGGAAGAGAAACUGACCCACAAAAUGGAAGCCAACAAAGAGAACCGAGAGGCGCAGAUGGCUGCCAAACUGGAGCGUUUGCGAGAAAAGGACAAGCACAUCGAAGAAGUACGGAAGAACAAAGAAUCCAAAGAUCCUGCUGAUGAGACUGAAGCCGACUAAUUUGUUCUGAGAACUGACUUUCUCCCCUUCCCCUUCCUAAGUAUCCAAAGACUGUACUGGCCAGUGUCAUUUUUUUCCCCCCUCCUGACAAAUAUUCUAGAAGCUGGUAGGACUGUAUAGGUAGAUCCAGACCGUAUGAUGUUGUUUUAGGGGCUAAAGGGGAGAAACUAAAAGUGUUUGACUCUUUUUCUAAAGUGUUGAGGUCUUUCUAAUGUAGCUAUUUUUCUUGUUGCAUCUUUUCUACUUCAGUACACUUGGUGUACUGGGUUAAUGGCUAGUACUGUAUUGGCUCUGUGGAAACAUGUUUGUGAAAAGAGUAUGUAGUGGCUUCUUUCAAAACCGUUAGAUACUGAAUAUCUGUUCACUUUUAAAUCCCAGUUCUUUCCCAGUUUUACCAGAUGCUACUGUACUUGAAUGGUUAAUAAAACUGCACAGUGCUGUCGGUGGCAGUGACUUCUUUCUGUUCAGGUAAUUAUCAAGCUAUAGAGACUCUCAUCUAUAUUUGUUUCAGAUGGGACCUCUGGGCUGGUGGAAACACCCAGCAUCCACAUUACUGCAAAUUCUCUGCCCUCAGAGUUUCUUGCUCCAGAGUUGUUUGCAUUGUCUUCUUCCACAAUCAUCGCUUUGUUUUGAUGCCUUGGCCUAGAUCAGCUGUUAGUAUAUUCUUUCAGAUGUUUAUUUGCAAACAAGCGUUUUUUUGUUCCCGUGUCCCUGUUAAAAGGCAGAUUAAAGGCACAAAUGGUAUUUCUAUAUAACAGUUAAAAUCUUAAAAUCCUAGUUACAGAUAUUUGACAGUUUAUUUGCUUUAUGUUACAUAUUGAGGACAGGAGUGUGUCCUAAUACUAUUCUACCAUAGAAACUAUGACUUAAGAGUUAAAAUAUUAUUAAUAAAACUUUCUGUGUUGCUGUAGCAA